CCCCAGAGGGUUUUCGCUUCAAAAGAGAAAAUAACUUCCCUUCUUUUAUAAAUCGUUGUUUCGAAGAGUUUUAUCCUUCCCUUACCUCUUCGUUGCUACGUGCUGCCUUCUAUUUCUGUCGAGAGAAGAGAAAGACAAAAAGCUCAAAGCGUUAACCACGUCGUUUUUUCUCUCUCUCAGAUCUGAGAGAGACCUAAGCGAAACUGUUUGGAGAGGGGGUACCCGGAGAGAGAGGAUGAGCGGGAAAGGAGGAGGUGGUGGAAAUAAUGGGUUAGGGAAGGGCAGUAGUGGAAUUUCAGGUAUUCCGGCUGGGUCUCGGAAGAUAGUCCAGAGCUUGAAGGAGAUUGUGAACUGCCCUGAACCCGAGAUCUAUGAUACGCUUAAAGAGUGUAACAUGAACCCUAACGAGGCCGUUAAUCGCCUACUCUCUCAAGAUCCUUUUCACGAGGUGAAGAGCAAACGGGACAAGAAAAAAGAGAGCAAAGAUACAAUUGAUUCCAGAUCUCGUGGUGCCAAUAACCUUGGGAGUCGUGGUGGUAAGAGUGGUUCAGACCGAUAUAUUGGGCGUGGUGGCUCAUCCAAUUACAGUUCUAAUGAGUCUGGCCCUUUCCAUGGUAAACCUGCACAAAAGAGGGAAAAUGGAACGCAUGCUUAUGCAGACUCUUCAUCUUCUGCAACUGGUCUACAAGGAAAAAACAUGAACCAGAGACCUCCCCACAGUGAAGCUGUUGUCACCGAACAUAAAACAUCCACAGCAGGUGUAGUUGGAGUUUCUUCAUUGUCACAACCUUCGGGAUACCAAUCUGCUUGGUUGGGGGCUCCAGGUCAAGUAUCAAUGGCUGAUAUUGUCAAGAUGGGCAGGCCACAAAACAAGGUGUCUGUCGUACCAAACCCACCUCAUCAAAGUGUUAAUAAUCGGGAUCCUGCAGUACCUCCUUCAGCAGCAGCAAUACAUCCUAAUAUACAUCCACCACAUGGUCACGCUUCGAACGUGUCAGAUGUUACUUAUGAGCCUAAUAUCACCACAAACCAGCAUAGUUCUCCAAGUGAUGAAUGGCCCCCCAUUGACAACCCAUCUGCUGUCAGUGUGAACUCUAUCUCUGAGGCAUCUGCAGAAUCUGGAUUGCAUGCAGAUGAAUCUAAAUUGCCUGUGGAUAGAAAUAACGAACACAUACAAUCCGAGUUAGAGGAAGCUCAGACAGGGGAUGAUGGUCCUGUUGAAACUGUCAAUGAUAACCAUGUCCAGUCUCCUUCUAUUUCAAGUAGAAAUAUACAAGAGGAUGAUUCUGGAGGCUCCUCUCUUUAUGAUAAUAACUUGCGUAAGGAUAUCAGUUCCUAUCAGCCUCAAAGGCAUGGUUUUGGGAAUGAUGAAGUUGAAGAUGAUUCUUCAUCAGUUGCUGUGAAUAUGCAGAAGCUUAAUUUGCAUAGUGAUGAACAUGAGCCACCACAUGAAGAGGACAAUCCAUCUCUAAUCAUACCAAACCACCUGCAAGUCCACUCCUUGGACUGUUCACAUUUGAGUUUUGGAAGUUUUGGACCUGCCAUUGAUUCUGCCUUUUCUGAAUCAUUUGCACCAAGGCCCUUGAAGAAUAAUUUGGAUGAAGCUCCAGAAGCAGCAGAUAUCUCAUCUAUUGGGCACAUUGAAAAUAGAAAUCCUGAGUAUAAUGGUGAUGAACAUCUCAGAAGCAACACAGAGGGAAAUAUAAUGACCAGAAGUAACGUGAACACUAGAAAUUAUGAGGCUACUGAAGUUUCUCAACCAAGUGAACUGAAGCAGGAAGCUGCCCAAGGGAGUCAAUAUGCAUUUCCUUCAUCUGCAUCUGGUUAUAACUAUGAGAACUCUCAACAGUUAAAUCCUGCUUUUACUCAUCCGCAGACAAACACCCAAAUACAAAAUCUCACUCCUUUUUCAAGUGUAAUGCAAGCAUACACAAAUUCAUUGCCAAGCUCUUUGCUGACAUCAAAUGUUCAGACUGCAAGGGAGCCGGAUCUUCCAUACCUGCCCUUCCCCACGACUACAAAAUACACCAAUGCAGACUCUUCCAUUAGUGGUCCAACCAUUUCUAUGUCAGAGGCUCUGAGAGCAGCUAGUAUUUCUGCACCACAGGAAACUCCACAGACCCUGCCUGGUGCCAGUGUUGCCACAGGACCUACUCUUCCACAGCAUCUAGCCAUGCACCCUUUUUCCCAACCUACGCUUCCAUUGGGACAUUUUGCCAACAUGAUUAGUUAUCCUUUCUUGCCUCAGAGUUACACUUAUAUGCCACCAGCAUUCCAGCAAACAUUCGCUGGUAAUAGUAACUACCCUCAGUCCCUGGCAGCAGUGCUCCCCCAGUACAAAAAUAGUGUUUCUGUUAGCAGCCUACCUCAAUCUGCUACAGUUGUAUCGGGCUAUGGGUUUGGGAAUUCUACCAACGUUCCUGGAGGACUUCCUCUGAAUCCACCUACUGCACCUGCAGGCACAACAAUUGGCUAUGAUGAUAAUCUGAGUUCUCAGUACAAGGACAGCAAUCAUUUGAUGUCACUUCAACAGACUGAGAAUUCAGCCAUGUGGAUUCAUGGCCCUGGCUCACGAACAAUGUCUGCUGUUCCUGGAAGCACGUAUUACAGCUUCCAGGGGCAGAACCAGCAAGGCAGUGGAUUUCGACAAGGGCAACAACCUUCACAGCAUUUUGGGGCUCUUGGAUACCCAAAUUUCUACCAUUCACAAACUGGAGUAUUGGGGGACCAUCAGCAGCAAAACCCCAUGGAUGGAACUCUGAGUGGGUCUCAAGGCCAGCCAUCAAAGCAUACCCAACAGUUAUGGCAAAACAGUUACUGAUGAUAUCACCUCCUGGUUUUUCAGGGUCUUUUAGUGUUUAAAAGUGGCCAAUCAAAGGCAUUCUUGCGAUUGAAUAAUUACAUGUAAUGGUUGAUGGGGUCUGAAGAGACCUUGAUGGCUACUGCCCUGUGCCACGAGGUUGUAUUCUACUUAUUUAUUGUCUGCUUAUGUUAACUUAGGAACACAGUGUGCUAAUUUGGGAUAGUGGACUUUGCCCUCCGAUUUUCUUUCCCCUCAUUGUUUCUCCGUUACCCUUCCCCUUUUUAUAGUGAAAA